AUGGCUACCAGGGAUCACUGUCUACUAUGCUUUGAGGCGCUGGAGGCUCAUCUCACUCACCGCAAAGCUCUGACUUUGGAAGAGAUUCAAGAAUCCUCAGCCUCUGCCUCAGAUCUAGAGCCUGCUGCUCCAAAGACCCUUGACGAUCCUAGUCUUCGGCAUCUAGCGAUCCCUGAUGCCAGCGCUUCUUCUUCUUCUUCCUCUUCCACCUCGCUAGAUGCUUCCACACCUGCCACGAGCACCUCUUCUCUUCCUAUCCCCCCAACAUCUGCCCCGCUAUUCGUGACAUGGAAUACGAUGGAGGAUGGCGAGCCCGUGCUGCGAGGUUGUAUCGGCACAUUCGAAGCUCAAGAUCUAGCUGAGGGUAUCCCGGAAUACGCCCUUAUCUCUGCCCUUCAAGACACUCGCUUCUCCCCAAUCGGAAAGUCCGAAUUGCCUACGCUCCAAGUCGCGGUCACACUCCUGACCGAUUUUGAAGAAGUCGAUGACAUAUUCGACUGGGAAAUUGGCGUUCACGGCAUCCGACUCUCAUUCUACGAUCGUGGCCGCCGUUAUGGCUCAACCUACCUCCCAGAUGUAGCCUCCGAGCAGGGAUGGACUAAAGAAGAAACGCUCUUCAGUCUCAUCCGCAAGGCGGGGUGGACUGGUAGUCGAGGACGCUGGAAAGACUUGGACCUCAAGGUCACACGCUACCAGGGCAAGAAGACUACUCUGGAGUACGCUGAUUACAAGAAGUGGAUUGACGAGGCGUGA